UAGCUUACAGAUGGCAUAGAUAAAAUGUUAUAUCUAAAAUAAAAUGUCAACAAAAUUCUAUUGUACUUGUGAUUCAAAUUGUUAAUUCAAAAGGUGCCGGUCGAUUUUCUCAAGUGGCGUUGUAUUCCACUUCAUAACAAUGGGGGACAAAAAGACAAAAUCAAAGAAGCAGCGACUAGAGAUGUUGAGACAGCAUCGUGCUGGGUGCAAGUUUCCUAUGGUGGAAGAUCUAGCUGAGGAAUUGUCUGAUUACUUUGAUGUGAUUGGAAUCACCAAAGUUGUCACAAACAUAUAUAGAUAUUUUUAUGAUCCGUACAAUCGUACAGAUGAUCCAGUAGGUUUCCUUAAAAGUUUAGUGAAAGCUCGUAAAAAAGAUCAGCGAGAAUUACACAAAGCAAAAAGAAAAUGGUACCGCUUGUUAUGGAAGGAGUGGGAAAUUAGAGAUGAAAUUGCUAAACUAAGAACACUGCUGGGUGUACUCGCCCCUGAAAUAUACACAGAGGGCGGGGAUCCAAGACCAAUAGCAGAUUCUCAAACUCCCAGUACAGAAACUGUAACUAAAAAGUUGGACGAUCCGAGCUGGACAAAUAUGAACCCAAAAAUGCUUGAACAAAAUCAAUAUGCACAAAUGGAGCUUCAAAUACUGAAACAACACCACAAUGAUCAAUUGGCUCUUUUGGCUGAGCAACAAGCACAAAUAGAAAAACUACAAAAAACCCAACAACAGGAUGUACAAAUUUUGCUUGGGGAUUUUGAAUUGCAAAUAAAAGAGUAUCAAACUUACCUCGCUUCGUUGACUGAAGGGGGUAUACCAAGUGAAGCACAUUCAACAUUUGAUGCUCAAGUAUUACAAACCCAAUUGGGACAAAUGCAAACAGUUCAGAAAAAACAAGUCAAAUCAUUGCAACAAACACAACAUCAUGAACUUUUGACGCAACAAAAUUUGCACAAGCAUGAACGUAUUCAAAGGCUCCAAACUGAAGGAGCUAGACAGCAGGCUAAUUUGCAGAAUAUGAUGCUUGCACAUGGACAGCAUGAGCAACUGCGUAUGGAACACCAAGAUCAAUAUUUGGAAAUAAUUGAUGAAAUCCAAGAGCAACAGCAACAAGCGUUUGAUGAUGCAUUAGCUAUAUUGGAAAAUAGAAAAGUUACUAGUAUUAAAGAACCUCCAGAACAAAUUAUAAAAAGGACCCAGCAACAGUUACAACAACUCCAUGAAAAACAAGUUGAACAAUUGUUAGCACUCCAAAGUCAAGAAUUGCACAAUCUCGAUCGUAUACAAAAAUCCAUUCGCAAAGAAAUUGAACACACAAUCAAAAUUGAACAACAAAAUUUGCCCAAACAAAUCGUCCAUACUAAUUUAAUUCAGCACCAAUCUGCUCAAAUUGCAAAAUUAGGAAAAUUUAUUGAUGAAAACAAAGAGUUGAUUGGUAUCAUCAACACAUCGAUAGAGAAAGAAUUGAUUGCGAUUGGUGAACAAAUUGAAGAACCGACAUCAAAAGUGACUGAAAAAUCAGAAGAACUGUUAAAUAUGAUAAACCAAGUCGCUGUUUUGCAAGAAAAGAUUAUGAAACUCCAACAGCAGAUGAUUCACCAGGAGUUACCCUAUGCUGUAUUACCUAAAGUUCCAGAACACGAAUUGAAUUUUAGAAAAAUACAAGAUGUAAUAUUGCAACAACAACAACGCCUCCAACAACAGUUCAAUCAAGAACAAUCAUUGCGCUCAAUACUUGAACACCUUCACGAGUUAGUGAGUGCACAAAAAGUGCAAGUAAUAGGAUCUCCAAAUAUAUUCCGUGAAAAUGUCAUCCAGAUUUUGCAAGAUUGCCAAGAAAUAACGAAAAAAGCUCUUAAAUUAUGCGAUAAACAAAAAAUGCGAAAUUCAUAUCUAGCAGAUCUACAGGAGGACAUAAACCUAUUUCAAAUUUCAUACUGGAAAAAACGCCAAAAGAAAGAUGAACCGAUUGAUAAUUUAGGAAAGUCUUUAUUAAAAGGCAAGCUUGCUAAAGGCAAUAAAAAAGAAUUGCAUCCUCUGCAGAAAUUGCUAUUUGAAAAUCAAGCUAUGCAAACGAACCACGUUGAACACCAACAGAACCUAUUACAAGCUCUGAAAAAAGCUCAAAAUGUAACUGCUCAUCAACCAAUUGAACAAGAAAUACAAUUACGUAAACAGCAAGAGAAACUAUUAUUACUCAUGCUAAAAGAAACAGAAGAUAUCGAGGAUGAUCAAAGUGAAGAAUUAGGACCUCUGGACAUCCAACAAUCUCAUAUAGACGAACUGGCCUCUACUCAAAAGUGGAUGAGUGGUAUAGGAAAAUUAGAAACAAUUUUGAUGGAAAAAAGUUUUGAGAAAGGUUAUUCUCAAAGAAUUAUGAUUGAAAUAGAAGAUUUAGAACCGAUUUUUCAACAAUCACAUACGAUUCAAGACGAUCAUCUAAAACUGGCCAUUGCCCAACAGGAAGAACUUGUAUCAAGCCACGAAAAAAUAGUUAAAAUUCUUUCACCGAAUCAAUUGGCAUUGACAGAAGAACAACUCAGAAGGCAAAAGACACAGUUAAAUCAGUUGAAACGUGACCUCCAACAUUUCUUCAAAACUUUUACAGACCCAAUUAAAACGAACAAAAACAAAAGCGAAUCAAGCGAAGAAGUGCACAGCAUAAAAGAUGAACUUGACCACGAGUUAAAAGAAUUGUUAUCUAUCCUUAAAAGUGAAACUACCGCAUUGAACGAAUUCCUCAAAGAAAAACAAAAAUAUUACACGGAAAAAAUGCAAGAGACGGCACAACAGGUCUUACGACAUCAACAAAAGUUCAUUAAACUGAUAGAAAACCACCAUCACUUACUUGCCCAAUAUCAAGAUUUACAUAUAGAACCGGAAAAACAGAUGAUAAUGGACAUGAUGAUUCUUCACAAAAGAUUAGGACCGUGUUUAAGAAUACAGCAACAGCAGUUGCAACGGCUCAUGUACAGGUUGAGAAGAUCACAAGAUGAAACUCCAGAAUCGGCUAAAGAAGAAAGUCCUCAAAACGAAGCUGGAAAAGAACAAGUUGAGAUCGUUGGUAAAUCAGACAGAAACACAUCGAGAGUGCUAAGAAGAAAAUCAAAGUUGUCGCAAUUGAGUGCCGGGUCUAGUAACGAGACUCAUACGUUGACAGGUGUCCUUGCAACUGGAGAGAAAUGUAUAUUAGACGUUCUGCCUACCACAGAAGCCAUUGAAUUUGAAGAAAAACUAAGAAGCAAUGUCCUAGAGCAACGGCAAAGUGUUUCAAGAUUGUCGUUGUUAGCCAGCGAACAGGAGUUAACAGAAGAACAAAAAGAACUGCGUGAGAGGAAAAGACUUAUUGCAGGGCUUAAGGAUAAACAAGCACAUACGUUACAUCAAGUUCAAACACACAAUAAGCCCGAUACGUUUAGAAGAGUUCAGACUUUAACUUACCCCAGGGGGUUGAAACCGAGGAAACACGAGGAACUGGAAUCCAUGGUUGCCGAAUACAGAGAAAAGUUAAAGACUCAACCUGAUACUUGUCCCCUAAGAGGUUUUGAUGUAUCUACUGUAGAAGAAAAUCAGCGGCAGCUCAUCAAAUUGUUUGAAAAAUCGGAAAAAUUUAUGCUGGAAAAGAGAGACUCAUCUCACGGAGCGUCCUUUAUCACCAUGCUGAGGGAAAUAGUAAAAGACCCAGGAAGUGAGCUUUGUGUACAGAGAAGUUCAUCAGAGUGUAAAUCGAGGUCCAAGGGGGCUCUGAAAAAAUAAGGCGCCAUGUAGCUGCCAACUCUAGGUCAAUAAGGUUUUGCUUUUCUAAACAUCAAACUAGUGCUGUUUGUCCUAAUCGGUUUGGACAAAUUUUUGUUGAAAAAUAUUUUUUUUUAUUUCAUUCAUAUACUAACUGAAACAUAUGCUGGAAUUUAUUUUGAAAUAAAAGAUUUUUUGAAACUACA